AUGGCAACUUCAGGCUCCACACCGCCGCAUAUCCAGCCGGAAGCUGGUCCCUCGGCGCGUUCACCAGCGCAGCGGAAUUCCGUGGCAGGUCCGUCUUCGCCUCAAUUGGCAGAAGAGGGGAGCUCCGUCAUCAAGCGGAGGGCUGUGAAGUCGCGGAAAAUUAGGCGCCCGGACGAUGUCUCCCUAGGUGUGGACGCAGAAGAGCCAUCUCAGGGGGACGUGGCGCCUCAACGGAACGGGGGUGCGGCUGGACCUUCUCGGUCUCGGUCAGCAUCACCAUCGCGCCGGUCAGUCCCUACUCGCCCAAUAUCGCCAGCCGUCCGCCGAUCCGCUUCUCCAGAGAAGCCCGACAAGAGGAUAGCGGAACCGGCUGAGCGGACGCGACCACCCGCUCCUCCGCCCCGCUUCGCCCGUCGAUCCCACCUUGCUCCAUCCCGCAGCUCCCAUCCUCCACUCCUCCCAUGUCGUUCCGUCUACUCUUACACGCGCCUCAAUCACAUCGAAGAGGGCACAUACGGCGUCGUCUUCCGCGCCAGGUGUAACGAUACCAACCAAAUCUUUGCGCUGAAAAAGCUCAAGCUGGAAGAGGAAAAGCAGGGAUUUCCGAUUACUAGUUUGAGGGAGAUCAUGGCGCUCAUGGUAGCGGGGGAACAUCCGAAUGUGGUGGGGAUCAGGGAGAUUGUGGUCGGUGAAACGCUGAAUCAAAUCUUCAUAGUCAUGCCAUUCAUCGAGCACGAUCUCAAGACGCUCCUCACCGACAUGCCCCACCCUUUCCUCCAAUCCGAAAUCAAGACCCUCAUGAUCCAACUUCUCUCUGGAGUAGCAUAUUGCCAUGCCAAUUGGAUCCUCCACCGUGAUCUCAAAACCUCCAAUCUCCUCCUCACCAAUCGCGGCCAGCUCCGCAUAGCCGACUUUGGUCUCGCUCGUAAAUUUGGCGACCCGUUACCCCCGAUGACCCAGCUCGUCGUCACGCUGUGGUAUAGAGCGCCGGAGCUGCUACUGGGCGCGAAAGAGUACUCCACGGCGGUGGACCUCUGGUCAGUGGGGUGUAUCUUUGGGGAAUUGUUGGGCGGGGAGGCGAUGAUGCAGGGUCGAGGGGAGAUCGAUCAGAUCGGCAAAAUCUUCAUGCUUCUCGGUCAACCCAACGAGGACGUCUGGCCAGGCUACAAUUCACUUCCGCUCGUAAAGAAUCUAAACCCUAUCGGCCCACCCUUCUCUGUCCUUCGCCAGCGCUUCAAGCAGCUCACCUCAUCCGGACACAAUCUCCUGGCCGGUCUGCUCAUGUACGACCCCGCACGCAGGCUCUCCGCGGACGAAGCAGGCAAACACCCCUACUUCGAGGAAACACCUUUACCGAAACAUCCCGACCUCUUUGCUUCCUUUCCAUCCGUCGCGGCUGGGGAGAGACGACAUCGACUACUCAAGAGCCCGCUGGCGCCGGUCAACGCGCACAGGGUGGAGGAUGACGGGAUGGACCUGGAAAGCUUUGUGUGA